UACUGGUAGUAGGCACUGAAUCUCAGAUCAGAUUCGGGGUCUUACAAGAUAAUUAUGGACCCGCGGACUUAAAUAGCAUCCCGAGAGCCCAGGUCUGCCCAGGGGUCUGAAGAAUCCCUUGUUACUUCAAAACCAGCAAUGGCUGCACUCCGCGCCCACACGAUAUUGUUCUUGACAACAUAGCCAUCUAUCUUUAGUUGUUUGCCCACGGCAGCAACUCAAACCAUGGCCGAAAGUGUGACCACAGCGUGGACAGAGAGAUCCAACAUUGGAUUGAUUGCGCUAACCCUGGUGCUAUCGGCAUCGAUAUGGCAAAUAGCCACCUAUAUAUACAACAUCUACUUUCACCCGUUACGAGAGUUCCCUGGACCGCUCAUCCAGAGAGCAUCUAGGCUCCCAUGGGCUUAUUUGCAUACUACGGGCGUGCAGGCCAUGGCCACCCAAAAGCUGCACGAUCAAUAUGGCCCCGUUGUACGAAUCGGGCCAAACCAUCUGUCGUUCAUAGAUACGAAGGCAUGGAAAGACAUAUAUGGUCACAAGGUUGGGAACAGUGCUCAUACAAGUGAGAUGAGCAAGGCCCCUGAAUGGGUGCAUGCGGUUCGCAGUGUGCCUACAUCGAUCAUCAAUGCUGAUCGCGAAGAGCACUCUCGAUUCCGUCGUGCAUUAUCGCACGGCUUCUCGGACGCCGCGAUGCGGGAACAGGAGUCCGAGAUUGUUAAGUAUGUGGACCUUUUGAUUAAACGUCUACACGAGGAAUGUGACCAGGGCAAGAAGGCACUGAAUAUCGAGGGCUGGUAUAACUGGACAACUUUUGAUAUUGUGGGCAACCUUGUUUUUGGGCAGUCCUUCAGAUGCCUCGAGAACGCCGACUAUCAUCCCUGGAUCGAAUUCAUAUUCAAGACAAUCAGGGGCAAUGGCGCUGUAGUCGCCAUGACUUAUCUUGGUUUUGGUUUUCUACCGGACUUGGUUUUUAGAAUGGGCCUGUUUGGGAUUCGACAGGUAAUAUCCCUCACAGAUGAUAUGGUAACGACACGACUGAACGCAGAGAAACCCCGUGAGGAUCUAUUCGAGGGUCUGGUGGAGAAACGGUAUGAGUGGAAUUUGUCGUUUCAAAAGUUGUCGUCGAACGCCCUCAUCUUGGUCAUCGCCGGCUCCGAGACAACAGCCACCACACUGUCUGGCGCUACUUAUCUACUGUUAACUCAUCCCGAAAUUCUAGAGAAGCUCAAGCACGAGGUUAGGUCCGCCUUCAAUGACGCCAGCGAGAUCAAUAUCAACACCGUGAAUAAUCUGAAAUACAUGCUUGCGAUCCUCAAUGAGGCACUUCGUCUAUACCCUCCAGUAACUUCGGGACUAGUACGAAACGUUCCGGCCGGCGGCGCUGAAAUCGCAGGCCACUUUGUGAGCGAGGGCACAUUCGUAGAAAUACAGCAUUGGUCUAUGAACCAUAGUAAGGAGAACUGGGCCGAUCCGUGGGAGUUUAGGCCCGAGAGAUUCCUCGGCACCAGUAAAGAGGCCCUGGAGGCUGGAAACAGGCUCGAGGCUCUCCAAGCAUUCAGUGUCGGACCUAGAAAUUGCAUUGGUCGCAAUCUCGCUUACACUGAGAUGCGUAUCAUUCUGGCUCGUAUUAUUUUCGACUUCGAUAUCAAGAUGUCACCCAAUGCGGAGAACUGGAUCAACAAACAGAAAACUUACACGCUUUGGGACAGAGUUCCCCUCGAGAUAUAUUUGACGCCAGUUAGGAAAGUGGCGGCUUAACUGGGAGGCUUAU